AUGAUGGAGCAGCUCGCUGAAAGGCGAAUGCAACGGGAGGAAGAGUCACGUAUGGUCGCAAGCGGCAUGGGCCAUCCAUCCAUGCGCCACGGACAGCCAGAGGAGGAAGACGACGAAUACGACGACGAAGGAGACGAUGAAGACUUCAACAGUGAGGAGGAUGAAGAAUUUGAAGACGAUGAACUGGCUAUGUCUGAGGAACAACGAAUGGAAGAAGGCCGUCGAAUGUUUCAAAUAUUUGCAGCCCGAAUGUUCGAGCAGCGGGUUUUGAAUGCAUAUCGACAGAAAGUCGCGGAGGAACGUCAGAGAAAGCUCAUUGAAGAACUCGAUGAAGACAAACAGGUUACUGCUCAACGUGAGGCUAAGAAAGCUAAGGAAAGCCAAAAGAAAAAGGACAAGAGGCAGAAGGCUAAGCAAGUAAAGGACGAGGAGAAAGCAAAGCGAGAAGCUGAAAAGGCCGCUGAAGAAGCCGCUGCUAAGGCGAUAGAGGACAAAAAAGCAGAAGAGCAACGGCAGAAGAAGGAGGAGCAGCGAAGAAAGAAAGAAGCCGAGAAAAAAUCUGCUGAGGAGGAUCGAAAGCGGAAAGAAGAGGAGAAGCAACGACAGGCUCGAGAGCGAAAGGAGCAACUAGCAGAGCAAGAACGAAAGCAGCGCGAAGCCAAGGAGAGGGAGAAGAAGAAACGUGAGGAGGCGAAGAGGAAGGAGCGUGAAGAGCGCGAAAGCAGAGAGCGGGAAAUUGCGGAGCGAAAGGAGCUGGAAGUCAAAUCUAAAGCCGAACACGACGCGAAAGAGCGUUCGAAGCGUCAAGAAGCAGUAGCUGCACAAGCUGCUUCAAUACCGAAAAGGCCAUCACCAGCAGCGAUAACAGUUCCCGCAUCGUCGUCUCUUCAGCCUCAGCAGCGAUCACAUACGCCGAGCAGCCAUGCUUCGCCCCGACUUCCAAUCGCUACGCCGGCCGUCCCGAAACCACCGACGCCCAGCCGGCAAAAGCAGAAGUCAUUCCAGGGUUCAAGAACGGCCUCACCAAGGCCUUCACAACCUACUUCCAGCUCGACAGCCUCGCCUGCUGCGUCAUCUGAGCACCACGUAGCGGCUCAUGCCAGAAAAGCCAGCCAAGUUGGCGCGCCUCACCCCUCUUCGCAAAUAUCUCGAUUUUCUCCAGUCGACCCUCCUACUGUCUCGCAUCCGCCAGGCUUCUCAAACGUAGUGCCCACCACAAGUACUGGCUUUUCUUCGCCAUUCGGCCCGCCAAUGUCCCCCGGAAGGCAACAAGCACCUUCACACCCACCAGGCUUUCCGAGCCAGCAGCCAUAUGGUACUGGUUAUUUUCAAAAUCCUAGCAUGCCAUUUCCACCAGGCAUCAAUACAAUGCGGCAUGUGCCGCCAGGCCAACAUAGCAACGUGACACAGCAUGCACCACAAAUCCCUGAACCUGCUCAGAGAAAUAUCUCGAUCACCAACCACGGCCGAUUUAGCAACCCACAGGAAACGGUCCCAGCUCAAGCACAUUCAAGAAAUCAAUCUGCAUCUUCUGGUAUCUCGCCAAGAGAUCCAAAUCAACGCCCAGCUCCUAUCCAGCGACCCCCAAGCACGACAGGUACUCACCAAAAUGAGAAUAUAAGGCCGAAGAGCAAAGACGUGGACGAUCUUAGUAAUCACCUUGGGAGCAGUGCGCUUCUUGAUGAUGCUGAUGAAGAAGCACCAAGUGCAAUGGCAAAUCUCCGACAAGGAAGUAUUGCAGUAGGUGGUCCAAGGCCUUCGCGACAAGGCCCAUUCGGCUCAAAUCCUGGAUUUGCUCCCAUUGGAUCUAAUUCAAGGAUCGACACAAACCAGCAAAUGACCAACUCGCUGUGGGGAUCUAGCCAGGCCUCAUUCGGUGGCAAUGUACGACCGAACCAGCCCUUCUCGUCCGCGCCUGGCUUUGGGCGUCCUACUAAUGGCACCUUUUUGAACACCACGAGUCUACCAGCAGCUCGCCCUCCUAGGAUUCGUCUACUCAUAUGCAGUGCCUGUGACAAGCUAAAUCGUCUCCAGCCUUCAAAUCAAGGAUGGCACGCUGCAGAUCAGGUGCUCCACGAAGUGCAAUCCUUGAUGUCCCGCAAUGAGCCAGCUGUCGCCAUGAUGGAAAUGCUGCAAACGUGCGACACGGAAGGCAACGCCCAGUCUGGUGGCGGUGUCUUUGAGUAUCGUACUAUCGAUAAAGGGUUUCUGAUCAAGCACAAGCCGGAUGCGUCUCUAAAAGGGAGAAACGGACCUCCACCUGGCGAGAUUGGGAGUCCAAUAGGAAGUGGGCCAACUGGCAAUGGGUUUGGCCCAAUAGGUGGGCAACCUACGUUCCAACAACAAGGAGGUUUUCCGUCAUCUUCGGGUUUCUAA